CUUUGUAACGCAAUGGAUCGCCAAAUCACCGCUGUCCGUCCAGAACAUCGAUUUGACGCUAAUAACCUGAAAAGAUAUCUGUCAGGGAAACUUGACAGCAUUUCAGGCAACAGCACUUUAACUCUGCAGCAGUACAGAGCUGGGCAAUCCAACCCAACGUUUUACAUUGAGACUGCAGAUAAACGUUAUGUGCUCAGAAAGAAACCUCCAGGAGAGCUGCUGCCCGGAGCUCAUAAGAUAGAAAGAGAGUAUGCUGUUCAAAAGGCUCUGUAUUCUGUUGGCUUUCCUGUUCCUCAUUCUGUGCUGUACUGCACAGAUACUCAUGUCAUCGGCACAGAGUUUUACAUCAUGGAACAUGUACAGGGACGUAUAUUCAGGGACUUGAGGCUCCCAGGGGUCAGUGCGGCAGAGCGGACAGCUCUGUAUGUGGCUGCAGUGGAGACGCUAGCCAAACUUCACUCCCUAGAUGUCAGUACACUUGAACUCUUGGGAUAUGGGAAGGGAACAGGUUAUUGUAAAAGACAGGUCUGCACAUGGACAAAGCAGUACAAAGCCUCUGCCCACAAAGAGAUACCAGCCAUGGAUAAACUUUCUGAUUGGCUAAGCCGCAACCUGCCAACCAAUGACAAUGAAGUGUCCCUGGUUCAUGGCGAUUUCCGAAUUGACAACCUGAUAUUCCACCCUACAGAGGCUCGUGUAUUGGCUGUACUGGACUGGGAACUGUCCACUACCGGACAGCCAAUAGCAGACUUGGCCUACUUUCUCAUGCCACACUACUGGCCCAGUCACUACAAAGUCAUCAGCACAAUGGGUGGAGUCACAGGAGUGGAAGGAAUUCCCUCUCCAGAUGACCUUAUCUCCAUUUACUGCCAUUGUCGAGGCAUCCCAAACUCUCUUCCCCAGCAAAACUUCUUCAUUGCCAUGGCUAUUUUCAAAAUGGCUGCAAUUGCACAGGGGAUAUAUGCAAGGCAUUUGUUGGGCAAUGCCAGUUCUCUUAACGCAGCUGAGUUUGAAGAGAGUGUGGAGCCCUUAGCUGAGCUGGGUUUACAGAUCGCCCUUAGCUCCACGUUAGCUAUGCCGAUCUCUAAAGAGCUGUUCAUGCUGUCACCCAAAGGUCAGGCUGUCCUUCAGCAUGUGAAAGAGUUCAUGAGAAAGCAUGUACUUCCUGCCCAACAGGAAGUAAAAGAGUACUACGCCAAGCACAAAGACACACCUGAGAGAUGGCACACACCUGCUGUGAUAGAGAAGUUGAAGGCAAAAGCUCGAGCUGCAGGCCUGUGGAAUUUGUUUCUUCCGGCUGAGAGUGGCCUCUCUCAGCUGGAUUAUGCUCAUAUCGCAGAGGAGACCGGACACUGCUUCUACUCCCCCGAAGUCUUCAACUGCCAGGCCCCAGACACUGGCAAUAUGGAAGUUCUGCACCUGUUUGGCACUGAGGAACAGAAGAGGCUCUGGCUGGAGCCAUUACUAAGAGGAGACAUACGGUCAUGCUUCUGUAUGACAGAGCCGGAUGUUGCUUCAAGUGACGCCACAAACAUGGAGUGCACCCUUCACAAAGACAAAGACCAUUUUAUCAUUAAUGGCAAAAAGUGGUGGAGCAGCGGUGCUGGUAACCCAAAGUGUGAGAUUGCCAUAGUCAUGUGCAGGAGCAAGUCACUGGAUUCAAAUAGUGACAGGCAUGGGCUGCACAGCAUGAUCCUGGUCCCUCUGAACACACCAGGAGUAAAGAAGAUAAGACCGCUUACCGUUUUCGGUCAGGAUGAUGCAAUCCAUGGUGGCCAUUUUGAGAUCCACUUUGACAAUGUGAGGGUUCCUGCUUCCAACAUUCUUCUUGGUGAAGGGCGGGGCUUUGAGAUUGCUCAGGGGCGGCUGGGGCCAGGUAGACUUCAUCACUGCAUGAGGGCUGUGGGACUGGCAGAGUGGGCACUGGAGUUGCUAUGCCAACGCGCAGCCCAUAGACAAGCUUUUGGAAAGAGGCUUUACCAACACGAGGUGGUAGCUCAUUGGAUAGCUGAGUGUCGAAUUGCCAUUUCGCAGUCACGUUUGUUAACACUACAUGCUGCUCACACAUUGGACACACAGGGCAACAAGGCUGCAAGGAAACAGAUCUCAGUCAUUCCUACCUAAUGCGUGAACUGACACUCCAAUAGAUGAUGGAAGAUGUUCAGAAAUCAACUCUGACAGAAUGACCUCAUAAGCACACACACACACACAC